AGGAAAAGGAAAGUUAGUGAUGGAGGAGCCAAUUAAGCCCAAGGCCGAAGUGACGGAACUGCAGCUUGAAGCGGUGAUUGGUUUCAAUGGACAUGUGCCCUCUGGUUUGAAAUGCCAUCCCGACCAAGAGCAUCUGGUUUACCCUCUGGGCUGCACAGUCCUCAUUCAGGCCAUCAAUACCCAAGAUCAGAAAUUCCUACACGGCCAUGACAACAACGUGUCCUGCGUGUCCAUCUCCCAGGAUGGAUCCUUCAUUGCCUCUGGGCAGGUCACAUUCAUGGGUUUCAAGGCCGACAUCAUUUUGUGGGACUAUAAAAAAAGGGAGCUGAUCACUCGGCUGUCUCUUCACAAAGGCAAAAUUGAAGCCCUGGCCUUUUCACCAAAUGAUUUGUACUUAGUAUCACUAGGAGGCCCAGAUGAUGGAAGUGUGGUGGUGUGGAACAUAGCCCAGAAAGAAGCCAUCUGUGGCAGCCCUGCAGCGGGCCUCAACGUCGGAAACGCCACCACAGUCUACUACUCCAGGUGCCGGGACGAGAUGUUUGUCACUGCUGGAAAUGGGACAAUUCGAGUCUGGGAACUGGAUCUUCCAAAUAGAAAAAUCUGGCCAGCUGAGUGCCAAACAGGACAGAUGAAAAGAAUAAUCCUAAGUAUUGGAAUGGCUGAGGAUGAUAGCUUCUUCUACCUCGGCACUACAACUGGAGAUGUUCUCAAAAUGAACCCUAGGACCAAACUGCUGGCAGAUACAGGGCCUGCAAAGGACAAAUACACUCUGGGAGUGUCUGCACUCAGGUGCCUCAAGAUGGGAGGCUUGCUGGCAGGCACUGGAGCCGGGUUGCUAUUCUUCUGUAAGAGCCCCAGCUACAAACCCAUCAAGAAAACCCAGCUACAAGGCGGUGUCACUUCUAUCACACUUCGAGGGGAAGGACACCAGUUUUUUGUUGGAACAGAAGAAUCACACAUUUAUUGUGUCAACUUCACUGAUUUCAAAGAGACUCUCAUUGCAACUUGUCACUUUGAAGCUGUCCAAGAUAUUGUCUUUCCAUUUGGCACUGAUGAGCUGUUUGCCACCUGUGCCAAAAGGGACAUCAGGGUAUGGCACACGCUGUCCAACAGAGAACUGCUGCGGAUCACAGUGCCCAACAUGACCUGUCAUGGCAUCGACUUCAUGAGAGACGGCAAAAGCAUCAUUUCCGGCUGGAACGAUGGCAAAAUACGAGCCUUUGCCCCAGAGACAGGCCGGUUGCUGUAUGCCAUUGACAAUGCCCAUCGGAUUGGUGUGACGGCCAUUGCUACCACCAGUGACUGCAAAAGGAUCAUCAGUGGUGGUGGGGAAGGGGAGGUGAGGGUGUGGCUGAUAGGCUGCCAGACCCAGAAGCUGGAGGAGGCCCUGAAGGAGCACAAUUCCUCUGUGUCCUGCAUCAAGGUGAAGAGGAACAAUGAGGAGUGUGUCACGGCCAGCACGGACGGCACUUGCAUCAUUUGGGAUCUGCUGCGUCUGAGGAGGAAUCAGAUGAUCCUGUCCAACACUCUAUUUCAGUGUGUAUGCUACCACCCUGAAGAGUUCCAGAUCAUUACUAGUGGGACAGACAGAAAGAUUGCUUACUGGGAAGUAUUUGAUGGGUCAGUGAUCAGAGAGUUGGAAGGCUCCUUGUCUGGAUCAAUAAAUGGUAUGGACAUCACACAGGAAGGAAUGCACUUUGUUACAGGUGGAAACGAUCACCUGGUCAAAGUCUGGGAUUAUAAUGAAGGUGAAGUGACACACAUUGGGGUGGGACACAGUGGCAACAUCAUGCGCAUUCGAAUUAGUCCCGGAAACCAGUACAUCAUUAGUGUAAGCGCUGACGGAGCCAUUCUGAGAUGGAAAUAUCCAUUCUCCUCCUGCAGCAGGGGAGACGCCACUGAACAGUCCUGCUGAAGACUGAGUUGACGUAAGACCAAGGCCAUCAUUAACUGGACACAUCUGUGUUUCCUUCCUCUCAUCAAAGUAUUUUCAUCAGUUUCUCUUUUCCUUUGGAGAAUGCAUUUUACAUUUCUAAAUUGUAUAUUACAAUGCAAAUAUGUCCAAGGAUAACUCAUCCAGGAUGUAAUAAAUGUUUUCUUAUGGAUACCUU